AUGCACUGGCAGCAUACCUUGUUGGUAAUGGCUUUUGCAGUUUGGAUCCAAGGGUCAUCGGCAGAACUGCGGAGCCGCACCAUCGACGACACCAACGGGGACUCUGCAACUGGCGUCGUGCCUUUCUACUCCCCUGCAAACCAGUUCAGCCAAAACUCUAAUUGCUCUACUUGCCGUGUUGUUCUCGAUCCCUCCGAGGUUCACGAUGGCACGUGGCACGAUAGCUCACAGACCCCAAACGGACCCCCAGUCUCCAUCAGUCUGUCUUUCACUGGCGUUUCCCUCUCGAUAUUCUGCAUCCUUGCCAAUUUCAUCGACAAUCACACCAUUUCUCAAUCCUCUUUCGCCUUUUUUGUGGAUGGAAAUCCAUCCGGUACAUUCCUUCAUGUCCCAGACAAGUCCACCACGGAUUUCAUCUACGGUGCCAAUGUAUUCUCCGUCGACGGUCUCGAGCAAAGCGAGCAUACGGUUAUUCUCGCGACUAAUAGCGCUGCUGGGUCAUUACUUUUAUUCGAUUUCGCGAGCUACACCUUUGAUGACGGAUUCAACAUGAAAGUGACAAACUUCUCACCAUCGGAGCCCCACACAACCGCUGUCCUCAAAUCGAAACCAACAACUUCAGUAUCGGUCAACACUACAACAUCUGCUUCCCUUGCCCUCCCCCUGGCCUCCAGCCUGAGCGCUAGUUCAGCUACUAUGUCCAGCUCGGAAGCCCUACAGACAUCUUCUGCUCUUUCUUCACCAUCGCCAACUCCCUCUCUUCCUACCAAGAACGACAGCCCAACCCCCGAACUACCGAUGACUACUGCACACGUCUCAACGCAAAAAUACCAAAUCGUCACCGUCUUGAUAUCAGUUAUAAUAUCCUUCUUGGUUGCGGGUUGCAUCUGGUUGAUUUGCAGACGGUACCGGUUGCGGCAAAGGAUGCGACGGGAGUUGAGGCGGGUCAGCGUGUUCCGUUGGGCUCCGGCUAGCGACGGACAGGCCAACAGGCGUAAAUCCAGGUUCGGAGAGAAAGUGCCACCUACUCAAGGGCCAGAGACUGCUCGAUCUGAGCUGCCUCCCGAGUAUGUGUCUGAAGUCUAA